AUGGAUUCGCUAUGCGGUCCCUCCAAUGCACUGCAGAACGCCCAGAAGCAUACCUCCGUUGACCGGACCCUUCAGCAGGAUCGAUUGAUAUCUCGGCAGCCAUCAGCACAGGGAUUUCGAUCGCAAAGCCAGGAAGGCAUCCUAGACCCCGAGUUUGCCUCAUUUGAGGCCAACCAUGGGGUGCCUGAUUUGCCCGUCUUCGAGAGACCUGCUCAUUUCGGAAGACCAGCCCAAUUACCAGCUGUUGCUCAUCAGAGCGCUGGUUGGGCUAAUGACUUCCAAAACCUCCACAUUUCCGGACCCGCGCCGCCACAGUUCUCACAGCAGGCACAAGGCACACCGGGAAUUCAAGCGCAAGGAGGGUGGCACGAAGAAUUCAUGAGGCAACAACAAAGCCAGCAAGUGGCACCCUCAACUCAUCUCGCGCAACACCGCCCGAGCACAAACCCUGCGUAUCAAUCCCCCUUCGCCGCAGGAUAUCCAAUGUACAAUCCUAGUACAUACCAAGCCUCUCAGGAAGCUCAAGCUCAGAAUAAUGCGCCAACAGAAAGGUUUGACGAGUCUGCGUUUGAGGCCGCCUUCAAUCAAGCCCAAGCGGAUCUGGAACUUCAGGCUGCGGAGACUGCGCCAGCCGCACAACCGGACGUGCACGACGCGUCACCCAUUGACCCUUUCGACACGGCCGAACAAGAUAUCCGAGUCGGAUCUGAUGAUAUUUCCCAGUCCGAAGAGCAGACUGAAGUUCGCGCCCAGGACGCAGAUGCUCUCGCACGAGCAGCUGGACAAAUCCUUACUAGUGUCAGUCAUGACCAAAGCGAGAAGUUCCAACAAAGCAACUUUCUCGCUCUGAUGCGCCGGAUUCGGGAUCGUGAGGUUGAGGUGAAAGGGGAUGAUUUUGCCGAAGUCAGUAGCGACCCGUGA